AUGCAAAACAACCCUAAGGAGGAGGCAAAUUCGACGCAUACGUCAGAAGUUAAGACAGAGAUCCGUGCAGAUGCGUCCUCGGCCACGAGCGUCACCGCUACUAUCGCUGGUGCGGAAUCUUCAGGGGCCUGCUCCAACAACUCGCUUGGUGAAGCUACAGCAACUGAGGGAACCCCACAGUGUCCAGGUAGUCGUGACUUCAUUUCCGAUGCUGGACAAAGGGGAUCAAAAGCACCCGUUCCCUAUGGGGCUCAUGUUUCGACAGCAUCCGCACUGAAGGCCAACGGAAAGAGUUCGCUAGACGUGCAGACGUGCGUACCGCAUGUAAACGAUAACCAGCUUAUCACUGAGGCCGUGCAGGACCCUUGUACGGAAAGGUCAAACCCGGCAACCACUUCACGGAAACUGCAACGGAACUGCUCAUCUGCUGUGUCGAGACACCCUCGUGUACCACCUGCAGGAAGUAGAGCAACAGCAGAGGCUUCAGCUGGCGAUUCUCACGUGCCUGGUGAUGGACCGUUACAUGAAGGCGCUUCAACCAUCGGAAACGAGCUCAGAAACGUCUCAUACUCUGCUCCUGCUGCUCCGGAGGCGAGGACGUCAGGGACAGACACACCAACGUCGCAGUCAAGUGUCGCUGCCGCGAUGCUACACACAAAUGCUUCGCGCGAAGCAGAGCUGCCUUGGCAAGGCCACCAACGUAAUGCAGCAUCUCCAGAGUCCGCGAGUUCGCAAAUGGCCAAGAGCGUAUCACCUGCAGGGGUCGUCCGCAUCGGAGGUCGUAACCGCCGGAAGCGCACAAAAUACGAUCUUGCAUAUAGGCAGAUGGAGGAGCUUGGCCCAUUUGAAGAGGAGGCAAAGUCUGUGGAUGUGUCGAAGGUUUCUGGGAACAGCUUUGCUAUAGAGCUUCUGCGAAAUCCUCAACAGUAUUCGCACGACGCGUGGGCGUACGGAUUUGCUUGGCCUGUUGGUGCUGAUGGACGCCGCCUAUUGUUACGAAAGCUCAGAGGAGUCUUCUGGUCCAAUCCGGAGAAGUGGCAGCGCGUUCUGCAAGAACACAACCUCUAUAGAAGGGACUUGUUUACGCUUGCCACAGUUCAGGAACUAUUUAAAGUAACGCACCUCAUGGGCGCCGAAGCGUGGGACUUCCUUCUCAAGUGUACAGCUCUGACACAGAAAUGUGAUGCUCUCACCAGCAAAGAUCUUGACAUUGGACGUGAAGAUGAACCAGGAAGUGUAAGCCCUCGUGGGACCAGCAAACAUCACCUAUCGAGCAUGGAUGCAUGCAAGUCAGAAGAUGAUGUACAUUCUCCACCGGACAAGGUGCUUGGCACUGGUUUGACUUCUUCAACGUUUUUACGUAAACGGGUACCGCAGACUGUGCGGGCUGACAGAGAUGUAAAUAAGCGCAGCCGUGGGCGCCCACGGAAGAUUCCAGUCAAGACACAGAGGACUGCGUCUGAGCCUGAAGAUGCCUCGGAGGCGUCACCAACCAGGCACCUGCACACCGGUUUAUCGACACCAACCAGUGAGGCGUUUCGGUGGCUUCCUGAGGCAGAGUCUUCAAAUUACGCGGAAGGGUGCCGUUCUCUCUUUAAUUCAGCAGUAGGGGAGAAGUUGGAAAGUUCAGCCCGUCAGCCGGAAGAAGACAAUAAUGCCGAUGGAGGAACUGACUUACUCGAAGCAAGCAUCAAUGAACAGAGGCGCCUACUAGCUUCUUUUAUGAGCACAGCACCUCCAGUUAUUUCCACGCAUGAUAGCUUCUGCCUACCAGCCACAGGGAAAGCUGCAACGCCGGCCCCAGAAUUGCGGCUUACACUCGGGGGAAAGCCUCAUAACAACAUGCUAAUGCUAACGACCCACUAUGCGUUCAUGGCACAGUUCAUGCAAUGUUGCAUGCUUGUGGAAGUUCAGCGGUCCUUAUUGAGGAUUGCGGAGGAAUUCAAGACUCUGUGGCCCUCAAACAGGGGCCUUCGAGAAAGUUCCUUUCAACUGGAAGGCGGAGGUAUGGACCCUGGUGCUCGGGCUUGCUUUGAUUCACUUGUUCGUAGCAGCAACGUGCACAUGCAGUUCGUACAGGUUAUUGUGGAGCAGCUGCAGAACCAGGCAAGCGGCGACCCUGCGCCUUGUGCCUCCGAGAGGCAGCCCACACCCUUCAAACUUAACGAACACUUCAGUGCUACAAUUCAGCAGCUGCAGAUUCAGCACAUGAGGGAUCGCUUGAUGUUUGCCUCCCCCGAACAAGCACCGGCCAUAGCAAGUGAAGUAAUAGAAGCUCUUCGGGAUAUGGCUGAGCAUGUGGACCAACGCCCUAAUGCGCCGGCGGAGGGGUUGCAAACAGCGCGAAGAGCAGAUGAUGGAGGCCCUCAGACUCAUCUAGAUUAA